CCGUAGGACGUGGCGGCGUGACAAAACCGCUUCCUCCGCUGUCGUCUCCACCGCUACUGUAGCAUCAGCUAACGCUAACAACAGCCGGAGCAGCAGGUCUUGUGUCGUUUUGUGUGAUUUGGAGAAUCCUCCAGCUGCUGCCGAAAUGAUUUCCCUCACGGAUUCACAAAAGAUUGGGAUGGGUCUGACAGGGUUUGGUGUUUUUUUCCUCUUCUUUGGGAUGAUGCUGUUUUUUGAUAAAGCUCUCCUCGCCAUUGGAAACAUUCUGUUUGUGUCAGGCCUGUCAUUCGUCAUUGGCCUGGAGCGAACGUUCAGGUUCUUCUUCCAGAGACACAAAUUUAAAGCCACCAGCUUCUUUUUGGGAGGAGUUUUCGUGGUUCUAAUCGGCUGGCCGAUCAUCGGGGUUGUUCUAGAGAUCUAUGGUUUCUUUCUCUUAUUUAGAGGAUUCUUCCCAGUGGCCGUGGGCUUCAUCAGACGAGUUCCUGUGCUUGGGUCUCUGCUCAGCUUACCAGGAAUCAGUACACUGGUGGAUAAAAUUGGCGAGAGCAACACAAUGGUAUGACACUGGGCUUUUUUCCUGUUGGAGGAGACUUUCAGUGUUCAUCGGUUUCUACCAGUGACUGUAUAUUUUGUUCAUCAUUACCACUCCAGAACUGUGAACCCAAGCUUUUUUUUGCUCAUCUCUGGAUGUUUGACUGACAAUAUGAUAUUUGUGACCAAGAGAUUUUAAAGUUAUUUUAAGAGCUGGAAGCAGGUCUCCCAUUUUGUAUCAUUCCAGUCUGAUAUUUAUGGACAGAUACGUUAGGACCACUGGUUUUUCUCAUCAUGCUCCUCACAGCAUCCACUCCUCUAGACCAUGUGCCUGAACAUUUACUUUCUUGAUGAGAUGUUACUGAAAUUUUUUACAUUAAAGAAUAAAUAUUGUUAUGAUAAAUACUACUUUAAGAAAGAUAACUGAACUGUUGUGGAAAAUGAUUAAGAGCCUCAUUACUGAGAAGUUUACUGUAAUUUUUCUAAGUGCUUUCUUGAAAUAAAGUGCGUCCUUUUAUA